UUAAGUUCUCAGUAUCAGAGAUGACCUUAAACGAACCGAAUAAAGUUAAGGAUCUGACAGAUGUAAAUGAUAGCUGGGUCAUGUAAGUCUGAACACUGGUCUACGAUUUUACGAAAUAUCGUAUUAAAUUUGUAAUCGAGGAAUUGAAAAUUAUCAGGAUAAUUUUCAGACGUUAACCUCUUAUACGAGCUUGAUUGAAAUAUUUGCGAUAAUAGAUUAACAUUGGCUGAUUGAAUUCACUCAUUUAGCCUUUAACUUUCAUGGUUCAACGUCAAGUUUAAAGGUUGGUGUCACGUAAUACCGAACUCAUCAAAGUUACUACCUUUUAUAUUACUGAAAUUACUUAUUCGUGAGAUUAAUUUCUAAAAUCAAUCGUAUUUUCAGUCACAAUGAUCUUUUUAAACCGUUAUAGUAUUCCAGUCUCGUUUUUAUACUUUUGUAUUCUAUUUGUUGUAAAAUUUAAUUUAUUUACAUGCAGUAUGGAUCAAUUAAGGAUAUUGCUAUCGAAAGUUGAAAGAGCGGUGAUUAUUACCGGUGCUGGUAUCUCGAUAGAAUCAGGACUUCCAUCGUUUUUAAUUAAAACAGGACCUGCACGUCUGCAAGAACCGAUAUGGAGGAAUUACUCGUAUAUGUAUUUAGCUAGCGACGAAACGUUUACAAGAGAUCCGGAUAUAGUGUGGGAAUUUUAUCACUACUUGAGAGAUGUGUAUUUAAAUGCCAUACCGAACAAGGCUCAUUAUGCCAUUACCAAAGCUCAAGAACAGUUUGCUCAGCAAGGUCGUCAGCUUUCUGUGAUCACAACGAAUUUUGAUCGAUUGCAUACAAGAGCUGGUAGCAAGAAUGUUCAAGAAAUGUACGGUUCGAUUUUCAGAACACAGUGCAGUUUAUGUGAAGAUGUAUUGGUCAAUUACAAACAGCCUAUUUGCGAAGCUUUAAAGGAUCGAGGAUCACCGGAUGAGGAUCAAGCAGGAGAUCGAAUACCACGCGAACAGCUACCACGUUGUAGAAGAUGUGGUGGCUUAUUGAGACCUGAUGUGAUAUGGAUGGAUGAAUUCGUCAAUAGAACAGUAAUAACGGAUGUUGAGGAUAUCAUGGAUAAUACGCAGCUCUGUUUAGUGGUAGGAUUCUCUUGUAUAGUGCAUCCUAUAGCGUCUUUAAUAGUGAGACUUCUAAAUGCCAAGAUUCCUGUAGCUGAGUUCAAUAUCGCUGAAACUGAAUUGACUCCAGAAGCUCAAUUCUAUUUCAACGGUUCUUGCACUGAAACUCUCCCUGAAGCUUUAAAACUGUGAUUUAUAUUAUGCUGAGUCGUGAUUGCAAAUUAUCAAAUUCUGCAUCAGUUUACAAAAUUCCAAGAUGAGUUGAUUAAUUAUUCAUCUUAUCAAUUAUCAUUCUGCCUAAAUGAGGUAUUUUUUUUGGAAAAAAGACAAAUAUAUUUAUUAGUACCUAUA